ACUCCUCACACCACUUAACAGCCACUUGUUUCAUCCCACCUGGGCAUUAGGUUGACUUCAAAGAUGCCUCAGUUACUGCGAAACAUUAAUGGGAUCAUCGAGGCCUUCAGGCGCUACGCAAGGACAGAGGGCAACUGCACAGCACUCACCCGAGGGGAGCUGAAAAGACUCUUGGAGCAAGAGUUUGCCAAUGUGAUUGUGAAACCCCACGAUCCAGCAACUGUGGAUGAGGUCCUGUGUCUGCUGGAUGAAGACCACACAGGGACUGUGGAAUUCAAGGAAUUCCUGGUCUUGGUGUUUAAAGUUGCCCAGGCCUGUUUCAAGACACUGAGCGAGAGUCCUGAGGGAGCCUGCGGCUCUCAAGAGUCUGGAAGCCUUCACUCUGGGGCCUCGCAGGAGCUGGGCGAAGGACAGAGAAGUGGCACUGAAGUGGGAAGGGCGGGGAAAGGGCAGCAUUAUGAGGGGAGCAGCCACAGACAGAGCCAGCAGGAUUCCAGAGGGCAGAACAGGCCUGGGGCUCAGACCCAGGGUCAGGCCACUGGCUCUGCAUGGGUCAGCAGCUAUGACAAGCAAGCUGAGUCCCAGAGCCAGGAAAGAACAAGCCCGCAGAUACAACUCUCUGGGCACACAGAGCAGACCCAGAAAGCUGGAGAAGGCAAGAGGAAUCAGACAACAGAGGUGAGGCCAGAGAGACAGCCACAGACCAGGGAACAGGACAGAGCCCACCAGACAGGUGAGACUGUGACUGGAUCUGGAACUCAGACCCAGGCAGGUGCCACCCAGACUGUGGAGCACGACAGCAGCCACCAGACAGGAAGAACCAGCAUGCAGACACAGGAGGCCACCAAUGACCAGAACAGAGGGACUGAGAUCCACGGUCAAGGCAGGAGCCAGACCAGCCAGGCUGUGACAGGAGGACAUGCUCAGAUACAGGCAGGGACACACACCCAGACACCCACCCAGACCAUGGAGCAGGACAGCAGCCACCAGACAGGAAGCACCAGCACCCAGACACAGGAAUCCACCAAUGACCAGAACAGAGGGACUGAGAACCACGGUCAAGGCAGGAGCGAGACCAGCCAGGCUAUGACAGGAGGACAUGCUCAGAUACAGGCAGGGUCACACACCCAGACUGUGGAGCAGGACAGAAGCCAAACUGUAAGCCACGGAGGGGCUAGAGAACAGGGACAGACCCAGACGCAGCCAGACAGUGGUCAAAAACGGACACAAGUGAGCAACCCUGAGGCAGGAGAGACAGUACCGGGAGGACAGGCCCAGACUGGGGCAAGCACUGAGUCAGGAAGUCAGGAGUGGAGCAGCACUCACCCAAGGCGCUGUGUGACAGAAGGGCAGGGAGACAGACAGCCCACAGUGGUUGGUGAGGAAUGGGUUGAUGACCACUCAAAGGAGACAAUGAUCCUCAGGCUGGACCAGGGCAACUUGCAUACCAGUGUUUCCUCAGCACAGGGCCAGGAUGCAGCCCAGCCAGAAGAGAAGCGAGGCAUCACAGCUAGGGAGCUGUAUUCCUACUUGAGAAGCAACAAGCCAUGACUUCCCCGACUCCAAUGUCCAGUACUGGAAGAAGACAGCUGGAGACAGGUUGGCUUGUCCUGCAUGGCCAAUCCAGUGGGUGCAUCCCUGGACAUCAGCUCUUUAUUAUGCAGCUUCCCUUUUAGGUCUUUAUCAAUGAGAUCAUUUCUGCAAGGAGCUUUCUAUCCUAAACUCUUCUCUCUUACCUGCUUUGCGGUGCAGACCCUCUCAGGAGCAGGAAGACGCAGAGCAAGUCACCCCUUUGUACUGAAUUGUCCUCACCUUGUGGGGGGUUUCAGGACUAUUUUUAUCUCUGACAUCUCUAUAUUGCCCCAUCUACCCUAAUGCAUCAAUAAAACCUUAAGCAACUGG